CAAAAGAAUGGGUUUACAAAGUAUUUAAUAACCUGUGAUGAACCAGUAGUGUUUAUUUGUUUUAUGGGUUACUCUUUUCACAGAUAUCCUGUGCGGAAAGCCACCUCGACAAUAGUGGAAGCUGUGAAAAACUUUUUUCGUGAAGUGCAGGACAGCACAGUGACAGAUAUAUACUUAUGUGAUAUGAAGUUAAAUACAGUUGAAGCAUUCAACGCCUCACUCAGCAGUGAAUUUGGUGCAACAAAUUUCCAGAAAUAUGUUCUUAAGCAGAAUGAAAGGCCACGUCCAGCCGCAAGAACGUCUGCUUCAUAUGAUGAUGACUAUGACGAUAAUCCUUACGAUAUACGACCAAUGGACACUGACGAGGAGGAAGAUGACGACUACUACUCUAGCUCUAGUGCCAUGGCCCCUCCUAGAGGAAGACAACCACCUCCUUUACCAAAGGGUAGACCUAUCAAGCGAAAUGACAGCGGUGCAAGUAUAGGAAAUAUUGAUGUUUCUGUUGUGAAAGGGGAAAUUGCUCGACAAAAAGUUGAUGUGAUAGUUAACACUACUGCUAAAAAUCUUGACUUAAAGAAUGGAGCUGUUUCAGCCUCGUUACUGAAAACAGGUGGAGUAGAACUUCAGCAAGAAGUAUCAGGCAAAUAUCCAAAUGGCAUAAAAGAUGGUGAGAUAGCUAUAACAUCUGGGCAGAAUCUUAAGUGUGAUGUUGUUAUCCAUAGUUCAAUGACAAAUUGGGAUGGAAGCAAAGAUACAUCAUGUAAACAGGCUUUACAAAAGUUAGUGAAAGAUUGUAUGAAAGAAGCAGAGAAACAAAGCAAGACUAGUAUAGCAUUUCCUGCUAUAGGCACUGGUAACCUUGGAUUUCCCCGCGACAUCGUGGCAAGCGAAAUGCUUACAGCUGUAUCCAAAUUUGCAGAAAGUAAUCCAGCGUCUAGUGUCAAAGAUGUCAGAUUUAUAGUUUAUCAGAAGGAUCUUCAAACAAUUCAG